CGUAAAGACGCAUGGGAGCCGGAAACGUCGCUCCGGUUUGCUGGGGGAGGGAUUUAGCCAUCGCACCGGCGGAAGUGGGAGCCUGUUGGCAGGGCAAUGCUGGCGCUGCGCGUGGCCGGGCGAGCGGCGCGGGCGGCCGGCGGCGGUCUCCUGCGGGAGCGGGCGCCGCAGCGCUGGGCCUCCAGCCUGCCCCUCAACACCGUGGUGCUCUUCGUGCCGCAACAAGAAGCCUGGGUGGUGGAACGCAUGGGCCGCUUCCACCGCAUCCUGGAGCCGGGACUGAACUUCCUCAUCCCAGUUCUGGAUCGCAUCCGCUAUGUACAGAGCCUCAAAGAGAUAGUCAUCAACGUGCCAGAGCAGUCGGCUGUGUCUCAUGAUAAUGUGACCCUCCAAAUCGAUGGUGUCCUCUACUUGCGAAUCAUGGACCCUUACAAGGCUAGUUAUGGAGUAGAGGACCCAGAGUAUGCCGUGACCCAGCUUGCUCAGACGACCAUGCGUUCUGAACUUGGCAAGCUCUCUCUUGACAAAGUCUUCCGGGAACGGGAAUCCCUCAACGCCAGCAUUGUAGACGCCAUCAACCAGGCCUCUGACUAUUGGGGCAUCCGAUGCCUGCGGUAUGAGAUCAAGGACAUCCAUGUGCCUCCCCGAGUGAAGGAGUCCAUGCAGAUGCAGGUGGAAGCUGAGAGGCGCAAGCGGGCAACCGUGCUGGAAUCAGAAGGAACUCGAGAGUCGGCUAUCAAUGUUGCCGAGGGGCAGAAGCAGGCUCAGAUCCUGGCGUCGGAAGGGGAGAAAGCAGAGCGGAUCAACAAAGCAGCAGGGGAGGCCAACGCACUGCUGGUGAAGGCAAAGGCUAAAGCAGAGGCCAUCCAGCUUCUGGCAGCUGCUCUGGCCCGGCAGAAUGGCAACGCAGCCGCCUCUUUGUCUGUGGCCGAGCAGUACGUGAGCGCUUUCUCCAAGCUGGCAAAAGAAGGCAACACUCUGCUCUUGCCCUCCAGCACGGGCGACGUCACCAGCAUGGUUACCCAGGCCCUCAGCAUCUAUGCUACAUUGAGCAAGGCUCCAGUAGCAAAAGAUGGGGUGGCCGCAGCCCUUCUCCCACCCCAGGCGGAGCAGCCCUCCAGCACAGAGCAGCACCUUGAACCCGAGCAGCCGCGGCCCAGCUGACCGAGGAGCCUGUAGGGACCAAGAAGAACCCUCUCCACUGGUGCCUGCGCCCCCCUCCUCUCAGUUUCUUUCUUUUUUAAUGUGGAUUUAAUCAUGUAAUAAAUAGGAUAUGGCCUGA